GAAUACUAGCCAUGGAGCCCACCACUGCUGACCUUGGCGGCGAUGGCGAGGUUUUGGAUAGGUCGGCCAAAUCGCAGUCUCCCCAAAAUCUGGAUAUACCACAAACCGAGGUAGACCAUGGCAAUCUUGAAGAAGUCGGUGAAGUUUCAGAAGCCACCAUCACUAAAGACCAGAGUCCCCCAAAAGCAAGCUUGAGCAGCAAGGUGUGUGGGGUGUGCAACGACCAGCAGGCCAAGUAUAAAUGUUCUCGAUGUGAAAUUCCAUAUUGUUCUGUGGCCUGUGCAACUCUACACAGAGCCGUCCCUUGUGAGACACCAGUGACCAGAAAUCUGACUCCUCUUGCUGCUGAACCUGCAACGCAGAAUGGAUCAAUAAGACCAUUGCCAGGAACCGUUGCAGGUUCCACCCAGGGCAACAUAUUUUCAGUGUUGGAGAGUUCUCAAAAGUUACAGUCACUCUUUACCAUGUACCCUCGUCUACGCUCCCAACUACGAGAGAUAUACAGUGCUACUCUUCCGCCGACGGAUGAUCCAAAUACGCUUGAGUCGAACAACGAUCAUUCGUUUCCUCAGUUCCAGAGAGGUAGGGGAGGUGGAAGGGGGGGAAUGGGCAGAGGCAAUUCAAGGCCAGGACCAUGGAACAGCGAUCGAGGGACACAGGAUGGGAUAGAUGCGUUGGGCAAGGCUAAGCUGGAGUUUGGAAAGCCCGGUGAGGGUGUAAGAGAGUAUGCUAACCUCGUUUUGAAGCUUGUCGCGGCAGACGGCGUUGAUGUUGCUCGACUGGUCCAGGACGAGGUUGCUGAGGAAAACGCAACGAUCAUCGCGCAGCUCCUCAACGGAGAUGCAUAUUAGAAAUCAAAUUUCUAUGCCCUCCGGUCCUCCUAAUUUUGCCAGUAUUCCACUACAUGGCGUAUAUGGUUAGCGAUUAGUAGCAAUUAUUCCACGACUACUGAAGUAUCGUAUGUUAUGUGAGCUUGUGAAGUAGCUUCGACGUUGAUGGCAUUAUCUAGAAACACCACGCAUUAACUUCUGUACAAGAAUUAAAACUCAAAAAAUAAUUGUCCAUUUCUGAGACAAUCAUGGUGUCUGCUCCUCACUUUCCUAACGGAAAGAAAUCUAGCCGAG